AUGGCAGAAGCAGUGGUGUCUAUUGCUCUUGAAACCAUCCGUGAUUUGCUAUUGGAAGAGGGAAGGUUUUUAGCUGGUGUUGCCCAUCAAGUCAAGGAGCUCGAGCGGCAGCUCAAAGAGAUGAAGUGUUUCCUCAAAGACGCUGACAAACGACGACAUGAAAGCAGUACCAUCUUCAAUUGGAUAUCCGAGAUCAGAGAUCUCGUCUACAGAUCUGAAUCCACCAUUGAAAGACACGCAGCUUGUCAAGUUUGUUCAAGGAGAAGAGGCCUCAGACAUUUGGUCCGCAAAUAUUCCUGCAUUUUGACAGACUGCAACUCACUCCACCAAUUAGGCUCUGAGAUUUCACAAAUCACAACAAGACUGGAGAGGAUAAGCAUGGCUAUGCAAGAAAAAGGCAUAACACGGAGCAUACUCAUCAAUCCGAAAGGAGAGGGGGAAAGCUCGGGUGGAAACAACAUGUCAAGGAAGACAUUCCCCUAUUUGGAGACGGGAGAUUGCUUCCUAGGCAUGGAGGAUGAGCUGAAGCUACUUGUUCAUCACUUAGGGAAAGACACAGAGAAUCGGAUUAUUUCGGUGUGGGGAAUGGGCGGCUCAGGCAAGACCGCCAUUGCCAAGAAGCUCUACAACGAGACGACCGACAUUGACCUCUCAGCGUGGGUUUGCAUUACUGAGCAAUGUGAGAGUCGAUCAGUUUGGGAGGAUGUUCUGAGGCAGCUUGAAAAGAAGAGGAGUGUUUCAAUCCUGAACGAUGAGCCACGAACAAGCGCGGAGAUUCCAAAUUUGAGCUACUCAGAGUUGGUUGACCGACUAUGUGAGAUACAAAAAGAAAAGCGAUGUCUCAUAGUGUUGGAUGAUCUUUGGGAAGUUUCUCAUUGGGAGGAGUUGAAGCAUCCAUUCAUUGUCCAAGAUUUGCAGAGCAAAAUAUUGGUGACAACACGGGAACAAAAGGUUGCAGAGAUUGGAUUGGCAGUGAAACAUGGGCUUUUACAAAUUGAUGCUGCUUUGGAACUACUCAAAAACAAAGCAUUUCAGCAUGGAAACAUUCCAGGUCAGUUUUAUAUUACUCCUUCGUCUUCUAGAAAUAGACACUUUCUAAUGCGAAAUUGA